AUGUUCAGGUUCUCGACUUCAGACCUUGAGGCCAUCAGUGGCAAAUUCGACACAGUUUGCUGUGUGGAUGUUCUUAUUCACUAUCCGCCCGACAAGAUGUCUGGGAUGGUGCAACAUCUUGCGGGGCUUAGCAAGGAGAGGCUCAUUCUGUCAUUCGCUCCAAAGACUUGGUACUAUACACUGUUGAAGAGAAUUGGCGAGCUGUUUCCAGGCAAAUCAAAGACUACACGUGCCUACUUGCAUGAAGAAGUUGACGUGGAGGCUGCACUGCAAGCAGCUGGCUACAAGGUCACCCGCAAGGAGAUGACGGCUACCAAUUUCUACUUCUCGCGUUUGUUCGAGGCUUGUCCAUUUUUUAGAAGGAAGUGGUGA